CACCGAUCAAUGAUACGUGGUAUGCGCCACCGCCGGGAGUGGGAACCACUAUGUCAAUUCGUCCACCAGCUCGCCAGGAGUAGUUUUCAUCUAAGUUUUCAGUCUCACCAAACCUACUCUGAGACUAUGACUCCUUUACAGACUUGGGGUCAUUCGUAUUCGAUCCACCUACCGCCUUCUUGCCCACUGCCUACCACAAAUGGACUUGCACCUCAGUCUUGAUUCCGACUCUAUUGGGAAUGCAGAGAAUCCGCGUCCAAAGAAGCUCCGAGGUGUCAAGUAUCACAAACCUUCCGUGAAAGGGACUCCCCGCCGGAGUCUGCGUGCCCACGAAGCCAUUCCCGAAUACACCAAGUCAUCUAUCAAGAUAUCAGCUCGUCGUACGUGUGCUACGAUGUGCAGUCCCCUAUCAGCACAGCAGAAUCACAGUCCAUUUGACAGUGAGCAUCCCACGCGCACUACUAAUAGACUCCAUAUGUCAAGUCUUGGGAAAGCCUCUGGUAUGCAGUCAGGUAGUAAUGCUGCGAGCACCCGUUCCGUAACACACGAUCGAACGUCGUCAUCGGCUUCUCCUCCAUUGUUUACCGCCGCCUCUAAUGGUCUGUCCCGGGUCCGUCAACAGCUAGAGCGAGAAACAGCUCGCCUCGGUCGAAAUCUCUCCAUUAUGGAUUUCGUACUAGAUUCGAGAUCUCCCUGGGUAGAUUUCUCGGUGGAGAUGAUCCUAGAGAUUGCGAUCCGAAGCCAUCUGUAUUCUCCUUCACGUCGUCGCGAGUACGGGUUCGGGGAUGAGCACAGCUUCAAGGCAUACUGGGACGAGGAGGCGAUGAUCUAGGCCGGCGUUCAAGAUCACAGCCAGCCCCUCUUAGGGGGGAAUCGGUUUCCGGAUUCCUGCGAGCGCUCCACUGUUUCUGUUCAUGUCACCAAUGGGUAA